CUCAUAUAUGAUGCGAACACCAAAAUAUGUUAGCGCGCGCCACCUAGCGUUAACUGUACCGACUUGUGUGUGAUCUUCCCAGAACUGUAGCUUUUCCAAACAUUAAAACAUGCCUGCGAGAGCGCGCUUUGAGCACACAGUUCCCACAACCCCCGAGAUGCGCGUGGCCCGAAUCUCCCCACGUGCAGAUAAAGCUGCAGGGCGCGCGCUGGAAGGUUUAACUGGAAAGAAAGCAAAGUUGGAUCAUCAAUCACUCACCGACAGCUUCAGCUCAGCCGUUCACCUAGCUCAUGGGCUGCUUUUGCGCGCGUUCACGCCCCAGAGAUGUCGGUGCCGUCUCCGCGCGCCUGGUGGCGGAGAGAAAAGUAUUUUGUCUCCUAAAAGGAAUCCAACUAAAAGGACAAAAUGUUUAGAUGAGCGCCCAUCAAUAAUUGAGCGCGGACAAUCAGCCGACCCUGAUUGGACUCUUUUCCUCUCGAACAAGUUGCUGCCUGUAGCCGCUGUCAGAGCCGGAGUCGCCAUGGAGACAGUGGUGAUCGUGGCCAUUGGGGUGUUGGCCACUAUUUUCCUGGCCUCCUUUGUUGCCCUGGUGGUGGUGUGCAGACACCGCUACUGCCACCCUCACGACCUGCUGCACCACUUCGACUCCAAACCCACAGUGGAUCUGAUUGGAGCCAUGGAGACCCAGAGUGAGCCGUCGGAGCUGGAGCUGGACGAUGUGGUCAUCACCAACCCUCACAUUGAGGCCAUCUUGGAGAAUGAGGACUGGAUAGAGGACGCCUCUGGAUUGGUCUCUCACUGCAUCUCUAUCCUAAAGAUCUGCCACACUUUGACUGAAAAGUUGGUUGCCAUGACAAUGGGUUCAGGGGCAAAGGUCAAAGCACCAGCCAGCCUGAGUGACAUCAUCACUGUGGCCAAACGCAUCAGCCCGAGGGUGGACGACGUGGUCAGAUCCAUGUACCCUCCUCUGGAUCCAAUCCUCCUGGACGCCAGGGCCACUGCUCUCCUCCUUUCAGUCAGCCACCUGGUGCUGGUCACCCGCAACGCCUGUCACAUGUCCGGCAGUAUGGACUGGAUCGACCAGUCGCUCCACGCGGCCGAAGAUCACAUGGUGGUUUUGCGUGAGGCAGCGCUGGCCUCCGAACCGGAACGAAACAUGCCUGGAGCUGACGCACAGAGAGAACAGGCCAUCUAGAGCAAACACAGAUACUGACACAAACAAACAGCAGCAGCAGGGCAUUAAAAUAUGUCAGUUUUAUCCUUGAGCUGCCUCUUUUCAAAAUUCUGUACUCAAUUGAUACUUGCCAGACUCUAUUGAAAAGGCACGCUUUCCAAACUCAUCAUCCAGUCCAAAUUAAUAAGGACACCUCUGAGCGGUAAAUAGGCCGAUGCUGAUGGAUACAAGGACUUGACUCUGUCCCUCAUUUUCACAUCUCACAUAAAAAAGGAUGUUGGAAAAUGUUAUUUGAACCACAAAGUGCUACAGCUACACAGUAAUAGCUGUAAAGUAGAUGUUACACAUUCAGAUGCAGGUUUUUUUUGUAUGUAACCCUACAGCAGAUCUUUUUAGAGUUGGUCUGUUUAAGGUGUAAUCCGCCUGCAAGUGAAAGGCCUUUGGAAAAACGUCUUCUCGAGUGCGCCAAAACCCAGCGGUGGGCCUAAAUCCAAUCUUGCCGGUGCUGCACAGUCACAUGGAGGCUUAGUCAGCUAAUCCAUUCUGAGGAAAAUAACACCCAGUUAGCCAGUGAAACCAGAGGGGCUCCGGCUCAGUGGACCAAUGGAAGACCAACCUGACUUAUUUACAGUUUGUGGGGUCAGUGUGACUUGUGGAACAUCCCUCAAAUACUCUUUCGCUGUCAGAAAUCACCAGUCUGUGAGAUUUCAGAGAUCCACAGCUGCAGUUUCAGCCACAUCAGCAGCAGAGUAAACGUUUUUCCAGUUGAGUAAUGCCCUUUUGUCCCAUUGCUGCAUUGUAUUAUGAUUGAUCGAGGCUGUUAUCGAUGGAGACUCUGGUAUCUCUUCAUCUUGAAAGUUUUUAGUCAUGCUAGCAGUGUGGCUCUAUGUAUGGCAACGUCUCUGUCGGUCCACCACUUUUGUCCACACUGUAUCUCAACAUUUACUGGAUGGACUGGCACAAAAAUAUGGACAGACAUUUAUGGUUCCCAGAGGAUGAAUCCUAAUGACUUUGGUGAUCCCAGGACCUUUCGUCUAGGGCCACCAGCAGGUUCACAUUUGUGGUUUUGAGUGUCUCAACAACUUGGAUCGCAAUGAAAUAUGGCACAGAUAUUCAUCACAGGAUGAAUCAUAAGUACUUUGGUGAUCAAUUUUCAUACAGCACCAGUAAAGUUUAACUUAUCCAAUGCUUUGGUUUAUCUAAUGACAUUCCCAUCAGCCUGCACUUUGUGUUUAGUGCUAAUUAGUAUGUGUUAUCUUGCUAACACAAUAAACAAAGAUGCUAAAUAUUACACCUGCUACAUAUGCUGAUGUUAGCAUUUAGCUCAGUACAGCCUCACAGAGCUGCUAGCAUGGCUGUGGAAGUUGUGUUUUCUUUCCCUAUAUGAUUUCUGAAAGUCAGUGCUAGACAGUGAGUCAAGAAACACUUGUUCUUUAAUUCUGACAACACAAUGUUUAAAAAAGAUCAAAUUUGAUGUCAAAUUCAACAGUAGCAGCUGUUUCUAUCUACAUGUGGCCAGGAAUAAUAAGGAUAUUACACAAAUAUCAAAGUAGACCAAAACAUUUUAAGUACAUCACCAUUAGUUAAAAGUGUUACUGUUAACAGUUGAUUUUUUUCUGUCAGAAAUAUUGAGCUUUCACACGCUACUGAGAGAUACACUAUGUCUUUAUGAACUGUGUGUUGAUUGAGGUGAAGCAGAAUUAGCGUGUUGUUUUGGGCCAGAGGGAUGUUAUUGGAGCAUGUCUACCUGCUCUUCCAUGCAUAGCUAAUAGUGAAUCCCCAAGGACUCCUAAUAAGGCAUCACCCACAGCCACAAUGAACACAUGGGCUUAGGCUACAAUACACAUGGCACAAACCUUUGUACACACAAGGCUGGCAGACAAAUGAACACAUCAGUACAUCAUAUGACACAUAACUGUAAAAUACACAUCAUAAAUUAUGGAGUCAAACACACUUGUAAGAUUUUGGUGACAAUCAGGAAGAAAAGCAGUUUAAUCUGUUAACUGAAAUCGAACUUAAAAAACUAGCUCUGAGCAUGCAGAGAUGUUUUGAUGGAAAGUUAUCGAUCGAGGAGGAAACAUUUAGAAAGUGGUUAGCCUUUUAUUUUUUUUUUCUUGUUUACAUUGUUUAUUAGCAUUGAUCUUUUUUGUAAGCACUCCUUUGUUUUCUCAUCCUUAUCCCACAGUUUGCUACUGAUGUCCUUCCCUCUUCUCCCACACACCUUUUCUUUUUUUUAUCUUUCAUUGAUUUGAAAUGAAGUUUCAUAGGAAAAUGUUUUGUUCUUGCUCUGAACAAUAACUACAGAGAGAUAAAUGUCUGAUAAAAAGUCCACACACUCAUACUAAUCUGACAUAAAUAAAAGUGAAUUUCUUUCCUUUUUUUA